CUGCCAUAAUUGAUGCAGUGAGGUGCCGCGGCUGCAUCCGUUGUCCGAUUCAGGCUUUUGGUUGUUAUGGUUGGUGGGUCACGCUUACUGCGGCUUGCACAGUACUUGAUAGUUUGGAAAUCCUAUUUGCUGCAUAAGAAAUGAAAUAAAUUAAUUAGGAUUGAUUUUGAAGUUAUAUUUCGGUAAGCAUUUAAUUCCGUCAUGAGGUCUUCUGAGAGGUUGCAAGCUUCGGAAGAAAAGGGACACGAUAUUCCUGGUGGCAAUGUCAAGUCUGGUAGGCCUAGAAGAAAAGCAGCCAAAUUAUCAGAAUCCAGCCCUGUUAAGCUCAGUCCCAUCAAAGACAAGAAAUUGGAAACUGCCCUGCCUGUUCCAGGAGACAGUGAAGUUGAUGCUGAGUUAUCUGAUUUUGAUGACAUUGACAUAAAAGAAGAAGAUGACUGGGAUUUGCCAGAUGACAACAGUUUAUUGAAGCUAACUGAAGAAGACUUCCAAGACGAUCAAAGUUAUGAGAGCCUCGGCCUGCCACCUCACGACAUCGACAUUGACAACGAUGACUUUGAUAUUGAUGAUGACGAGCUCGAACUUGAUGAUGCAUCCAAAGAUUCUUCGGGUAUGAACUGGAAGCGUCGGGCCAAGCGUCUGGCGGUGCGUCUGCGUGAGGGCGGCGCUAAGGCUCCCCUCGUGCCCCCCAGAGCUGCUGCCCUCACUUCCCCCCCUACAGCAGCUGGUCCUCCCCUCGCUGCCCCUGCUAACCCUGGUCGUCGCUCGUCCCCAGCGAAGGCCGCUAGGAGAGCGUCUGCACCCCGCCCCCCUCGAGGUGGUGGCCGGGGAUCACAAGGGCGCGGCGGUGGGGCGGCGGCGGCGGCGGCGGAGGGCGCCACGGCGGCGUCGGGCUUCAGGGUGACGGGGACGGCGGCCAUCGACGUGGCCUCGCACAUGAAGCUGCUGGGGGAGAGCCUUAACAACAUAGGGCAUAAGCUCAAGGAACAUGAGGGCCAGAUCGCGGUGUCGGGCAGUCUUUCUGUGCUGCUCGACUCGAUGCUGUGCGUCCUGGGGCCUCUCGUGUGCCUCACCGAGCAGCUCGAGGAGACCAGGGGCGCCAUCUCCCCUCAGACUCAUGCCGCCAUCCUCGACAACAUCGCCUACAUCAUGCCUGGCAUCGUGUAGUAGUGAGGUGAUGGUGACGUGUGAUGCCAUCACACUCCUGCACCAAAUUCAUUGUUUCUUGUACACCACCGUCAUCACUAGCGAUAAUAAUAGUCUUCCCAGACGCGGCCCAUAGAGUUAUUACAAGACUAGGGGGCCGUACUAUCUAAACUUGCUUAAGUACACAUAGCUGCCUAAGUACACGUAGCUUCCUAAGUACACGUAGCUGCCUAAGGACAUGUAGCUGCCCAAGGACUUGUAGCAGCCUAGAUACACGUAGCGAUUGAUUUAUCGACCGUGAUUGGUGGGUUUAGCGUUAGAAGCCGUCAGUAAUUUGCUGACGGGGUUAUGAACUCAUAAUUAAUUUUAAUAAUACUGCCCCAGGAACAUUUCUACAGCUUUGGUCCAAUGUUAGUGAGCAUCGCAUGUCCUCUUCAA